AUGUUGACUUUGGAAUUUUACUUGUCAAAUGGAGGAAAAAAAAUUGUUAGAUCCGUAGAUAAUACUAGCCCAGAUCAAAACCUUGACUUGGACCAGCUCCAAAAUCAGCUUAGACUAAAAAUACAAGAUAAAAGAUACCUUCUAGUAUUAGAUGAUGUUUGGAAUGAGAAUAGUGAUAAAUGGGAGAAGUUAGAAACAUUCUUAAAGAUAGGUGCACAGGGCAGCAAAGUUUUAAUAACUACUAGGAGCAUAAGAGUUGCAGAAAUUGUUCAUUCGACUAAAACAUACAUGUUAAGUGGUUUGGACAAAGACAAGUCUCGGGCGUUAUUUGAGAGAGUAGCAUUUAGGGGAAUAAAUAAGAGUAAUUCUCAGUACCACGGCCUUGUAGAAGUGGGAAGGGAUAUUGUGGAUAAGUGUAAAGGAGUUCCUCUUGCGAUAAAGACAAUAGGGAGACUUUUGGAAUCAAAGAUUCAUUCCUCGCAAAAUGCUGAAAAAGAGUGGGUUCGUUUUAGGGACAAUGAACUUGCAAAAGUAGCUUUUCAAAAUCAUAGUGAUAUUGUGCCUACACUUAAGCUGAGUUACAAUAGUCUCCCAUCACACUUGAAGCAUUGUUUUGCUUACUGUAGCUUAUUUCCAAAGGAUUAUAGGAUCAACGUACAAGAACUAAUAGAACUUUGGAUAGCACAGGGAUUUAUUAUAUCUGAUAGUACUAGGCAACUAGAAGAUAUUGGUUAUGAGUAUUUCAUGAUUUUAUUUUGGGGUUGCUUUUUCCAAGAAGCUAAAACAAGUGAGUUGUCGCCAACAACCAUAAAGUAUUGUAAAAUGCACGAUCUCAUGCAUGAUCUUGCAAGUCUAGUGGCUGGUAAGAGCAUAAAAAUAUUUGAUGUCAAUACUAGUAAUAUCGAGUUAGUAGAAAAUGCUUUUGAAAAAGUUUGUCAUGUAUCUGUAGAUUUUACAGAUUAUAUUAGCUCAUGGCAAAUUCCAAAACUGUUGUUUAAACAAAAAAAGAUGCGCACAUUUAUUUUACGUGACGCAAAAAGUUUGAGUUCAUCAUGUCGUGAUGAUAUUGUGUCAAACUUUACGCUCCUACGGGCAUUGAGUCUCCGUGGUAUAAAGACUUUGCCAAAGAGCUUGGGUAAACUAAAUCAUCUUAGGUUUCUUGAUCUUUCAUCCAGUGCUAUUGUGGAGCUUCCAAGUUCCAUAACAGAGCUGUAUUAUUUGCAAACACUAAAACUCCGUGAAUGUACAAGUCUUGUAUGUUUGCCUGCAAAUUUACAAAAUCUAAUCAAUUUGAGGCAUCUUGAGAUUAAUUGGUGUGAAAAGUUGACUCAUAUGCCUCGUGGAAUUGGUGAAUUGUCGUCACUUCAAUCAUUAGAUACAUUUAUAGUGGCAGACAACAAAUCAAGUGAAAGUGCUGCUGGAUUUGAUGAACUGAGCACGCUUAACAACUUGCACGGAGGUUUAACCAUUGAGAUACGGGGACUCGGUGAAUCAAUGGCUGCUAAAUAUUUAACGGUCAAGGAACAUCUUGAGUCCUUAAAGUUGGAAUGGCUAGUAGAAGAGUCGAUGGGGAAUGCAGAAGAAACAUUUGAUCGCUUAGAGCCACCUCAAAAUAUAAAAGCCAUACAAAUGUACUUCUAUCCGGGUGAGACAUUUCCAGCUAAUUGGUUUUCUUCGCUCACCGAUCUUGUUCGAUUGGAACUAAAUGCUUGUCAAAACUGCAAAUAUCUGCCACCACUGCACCAUUUAUCCUCCCUUAAGGAACUUAGAUUAGUUGCUUUGUCAGCUGUAGAGUACGUUUCAGAAAAGGACAAUCAUGAUUGGAGCAGAGGUGACCAACCCGAGCCCUUAUUCCCAUCCUUGGUGAAACUCAAUCUCAUUGAUUGUGGUAAUUUGCAGGGAUGGUGGAGGGCAGAAACAGAGGAUUUUUGUGAAGCACUAACACCACACCAACAACUUUCUUUUCCUAAGCUUUCAAUAGUAGAAAUAAGCUAUUGCCCUCUUCUAAAUUCCAUGCCCCUGUUUCCGAAUCUCGAAGAGCUGAGUCUAUAUAAGACAAGCUCUAGGCCUCUGGAAAGGAUGAGUAGGAUGAAAUUGAAAGUAUAUGAUAGUGUUGAAGAAACAUUUUCAGCAUCUUCCUCCUCCAUCCCUUCCUCUUCCCCUUGCGCUCUCUCUAAAUUGAAGCAUUUAUCUAUUAACUAUGUUGACGAUUUGGAAUCUCUACUAUCAGAGGCGCAAAUACACAACCUCACAUCGCUACAGUAUCUUGAAAUUAGCGGAUGUCGCAAUUUGACUUCAAUUCCUAAUGAGAUAGGCAGCCUCUCCUCGCUUACAAGUCUUGUAAUUGGAGGAUGUAGCAAUUUGACCUCAAUUCCUAAAGAGAUAGGCAGCCUCUCAUCGCUUACAAGUCUUGUAAUUGGAGGAUGUAGCAAUUUGACCUCAAUUCCUAAUGAGAUAGGCAGCCUCUCCUCACUUACAAGUCUUGUAAUUAGAGAAUGUAGCAAUUUGACCUCAAUUCCUAAAGAGAUAGGCAGCCUCUCCUCGCUUACACGUCUUGAAAUUGGAGAUUGUAGCAAUUUGACCUCAAUUCCUAAAGAGAUAGGCAGCCUCUCCUCGCUUACAAGUCUUGUAAUUGGAGGAUGUAGCAAUUUGACCUCAAUUCCUAAUGAGAUAGGCAGCCUCUCCUCGCUUACAAGUCUUGUAAUUGGAGGAUGUAGCAAUUUGACCUCAAUUCCUAAUGAGAUAGGCAGCCUCUCCUCGCUUACAAGUCUUGUAAUUGGAGGAUGUAGCAAUUUGACCUCAAUUCCCAAUGGGCUAGGCAGCCUCCCAGCUCUCAAGUCUGUUAACUGGACGCCUUGCACUGAAAUACCAAUGGACGCAUUGGCUGACUACCUUCUGAGGGAAAACUCUCCUGCUCCACAUGUAUGA